AUGUGGCACGAGUGUGACGGCUCAGAGGACUCGUGGGAGGAGAUAAUGACUGAACAGCGGCCACCAGUAGCAGAGUGGAACACAGGGGGGCUGGCCCCAGUGGUCAAGACUGCUCCUCCACCAGUGGUCAAGGCUGCUCCUCCACCAGUGGUCAAGUCUCCUCCUCCCCCAGUGGUCAAGGCUGCUCCUCCCCCAGUGGUCAAGGCUGCUCCUCCACCAGUGGUCAAGGCUGCUCCUCCACCAGUGGUCAAGCCUGCUCCUCCCCCAGUGGUCAAGGCCGCUCCUACCCCAGUGGUCAAGGCUGCUCCUCCACCAGUGGUCAAGGCUACUCCUCCCCCAGUGGUCAAGGCUACUCCUCCACCAGUGGUCAAGGCUACUCCUCCACCAGUGGUCAAGGCUACUCCUCCCCCAGUGGUCAAGGCUACUCCUCCACCAGUGGGAAACGUAGGAUGUCUGCAGAGAGCAGAAGCCACGGCAGCAGCAUCGGCGGCCAGACACUACAGCAGAGACAUGUGGAGCAGUAUCAACAUCAGAAGUAGAAUCUAUACCAGAGGCAUCAGAGGGCAGCGUCUAGAGCAGCAUCAGCACGAGAGGGCAGCAUCUAGAGCAGCAUCAGCAUGGGAGGGCAGCAUCAGCACGAGAGGGCAGCAUCAGCACGAGAGGGCAGCAUCUAGAGCAGCAUCAGCACGAGAGGGCAGCAUCAGCACGAGAGGGCAGCAUCAGCACGAGAGGGCAGCAUCAGCACGAGAGGGCAGCAUCAGCACGAGAGGGCAGCAUCAGCACGAGAGGGCAGCAUCAGCACGAGAGGGCAGCAUCAGCACGAGAGGGCAGCAUCAGCACGAGAGGGCAGCAUCUAGAGCAGCAUCAGCACGAGAGGGCAGCAUCAGCACGAGAGGGCAGCAUCAGCACGAGAGGGCAGCAUCAGCACGAGAGGGCAGCAUCAGCACGAGAGGGCAGCAUCUAGAGCAGCAUCAGCACGAGAGGGCAGCAUCAGCACGAGAGGGCAGCAUCAGCACGAGAGGGCAGCAUCUAGAGCAGCAUCAGCACGAGAGGGCAGCAUCAGCACGAGAGGGCAGCAUCAGCCCAAGAGGGCAGCAUCUAGAGCAGCAUCAGCACGAGAGGGCAGCAUCUAGAGCAGCAUCAGCACGAGAGGGCAGCAUGAGCCAGGAAGACAUUAAAAUUAUUAAAAUUUUAGACAAUGGGCAGCAAGGUACUUCCAUAGCCUCCUGCAGCAGCCAUGGGGAGAUUAGGUCUGGCUCCAUUGAUUUUGUCACAAAAGGAGUCGUUACAUCUCCAGAAGCCCAUGAUGGGUGGGACAAGGCGCAGGAGUUGGAGGAAGAGAAGGAGAAGGAGGAAGAGAAGGAGAAGGAGGUUUAG